AUGAGUCAUCAGAAUCAAGACACCAUCAACUCACCUCCUCCGGCUGCUAAUGACGGCUUGGCGAGGAGAAAAAGAGGUCGUACUCGCAAAGAAGAAACCUCAACUCCAAAACCGGAAACGAAUUUGGUGGGAAAGGAGGUUUCUGGUGUGGUCGAAGGAUCCUUUGACGCAGGCUAUCUCCUGAACGUUAAGGUUAAAGACAGUGACAUCAAACUCAGAGGUCUCGUGUUCAUACCGGACAGAGUCAAACCGGUCACUCCAGAAAACGACGUGGCUCCUCUUGUUAGAAUGUAUGGAAGAGAAGAGAUCAAAAAUAACCAAACUGAUCAACCUGAUCUCCCUAUUGGUCAACCAAUGAAGGAUGCUGCUGUUGUCACUACUGACUCGGAGAUUAAUGAAUAUGCUCAAGCUUUAACAUUAAUGCAACAUAUGAGCAAUGGCGCGGUUCAAGCUAAGGAAGCUACGCCUGAGAAAGAUGAAGUGAUGGAAGAAGCCGCUACUAGGUUAGUGGAGUUCUUUUCAAAUCCAGUNAAAGAAAUCUAA